AUUCAUUAUAAAUUCCGGCCAACCGAUCUUCCUAGGGUUCUUUGGUGGAGACCUACAAUCUUUCCAAGUUUUUUGAUCGAUCGCGGUGGUGAUGGCUUCGGAUGAAGGGAAGAAGGUGACAUUGAAAAGCUCGGACGGUGAAGAGUUCUUGGUAGAAGAAGCUGUGGCGAUGGAAUCUCAGACAAUCCGUCACAUGAUUGAGGAUGGAUGCGCGGAUAACGGGAUCCCGCUCCCUAACGUGAACAGUAAGAUUCUUUCUAAGGUGAUUGAGUAUUGCAAGAAACACGUCGCCUCGGCCAAGUCUUCGGGGCCGGCCGCCGGCGAUGAGAAAACUGCGGAAGAAGAUCUCAAGGGCUGGGACUCCGAUUUUGUGAAGGUUGAUCAGGCUACGCUUUUCGAUCUUAUUCUGGCAGCCAACUAUCUGAACAUCAAAGGCCUGCUUGAUUUGACCUGCCAAACUGUGGCAGAUAUGAUUAAGGGGAAAACUCCCGAAGAGAUUCGCAAGACCUUUAACAUCAAGAAUGACUUCACACCGGAGGAAGAGGAGGAGAUUCGGAGGGAGAACCAGUGGGCAUUUGAGUGAAUUGGUGCUACUCUCUCUCUUUCUCUCUUUCUCUCUCUAUUUUGGACGAGUCUUGUGUCUUCUUAAUACUUUAACGUGCUGGUGGUUGUCUUUUCUCUGUUGCAUGUUGGGUAAGAAUGAUGAAACAGCAGAAGAUCCGUCUAUCGAAACUCUUUCACUUCAACUUAAUGCUAUCAUCAUCUUCUCUUGUUGUGUGCA